AUGCCCGCUACCACGACACUGCUAUCCAGGGCCGGAAGCCAAUUGGCCUCGCGGGGCUCAAUUGCGCUGCGCGGCGCCUUCUCUGCCGCACCAUGCUCGCAACGCACACCUGCCCUCUCCGCCCUUGCGCGGUACUAUGCCUCUAAAUCCUACCCCUCGCACAGCGUUAUCAGCAUGCCCGCCCUCUCCCCGACCAUGACCUCCGGAAACAUUGGCGCAUGGCAGAAGAAGGUCGGCGACUCAAUAGCGCCCGGUGAUGUUCUCGUCGAAAUCGAGACGGACAAGGCACAGAUGGACUUUGAGUUCCAGGAGGAGGGCACCAUUGCCAAGAUUCUCCGCGACGCUGGCGAGAAGGACGUCGCUGUGGGAAGCCCCAUUGCCGUCAUGGUAGACGAGGGCGCUGACGUCUCCGCAUUCGAGGGUUACACUAUCGAGGAUGCUGGCGGCGACAAGAAGCCCGAAACUCCCUCGAAAGAGGGCGAGGCUUCAGAGGCCAGCGAGCCCCCGAGCUCAAACUCCAAGACUGCUCCCCCGGCCAAGGAGUCUGCCCCCGCCGCCAUCGAAUCUGAGUCUACCGGCGACCGUCUAGAGACCGCUCUCCAGCGCCAGCCUGCCAUCUCCCCCGCGGCGAAGAAGCUCGCGCUCGAGAAGGGUGUCCCGAUUAGCGCCAUCAAGGGCACUGGAAAGGGUGGCAUGGUCACCAAGGAGGACAUUGAAAAGUACAAGCCCGCUGGAGGAGCAUCCGGUUCCGCUGCGGGUGUCGCCAGCUACGAAGACACCGAGGCCACCAGCAUGCGCAAGGUCAUUGCCAGCCGUCUCCGCGAGAGCAUGAACGAGAACCCCCAUUACUUCGUCGCCUCCAGCAUCUCCGUGUCCAAGCUCCUCAAGCUCCGUGAGGCCCUCAAUGCCUCAGCUGACGGCCAGUACAAGCUCUCAGUCAACGACUUGCUCGUCAAGGCCCUCGCUAUUGCUGCCCGCAAGGUUCCCGCUGCCAACUCAUCAUGGCGCGAGGAGAACGGCAAGGUCAUGAUCCGCCAGCACAACGUUGUCGAUGUCUCCGUCGCUGUCUCCACGCCCGUUGGUCUCAUGACUCCUAUUGUCAAGAACGUCAACGGACUCGGCCUCUCUUCCAUCUCAUCACAGAUCAAGGACCUUGGCAAGCGCGCACGCGACGGCAAGCUCAAGCCCGAGGAGUACCAGGGCGGAACCAUUACCAUUUCCAACAUGGGAAUGAACCCCGCUGUUGAGCGCUUCACGGCCGUCAUCAACCCCCCGCAAGCAUGCAUCGUCGCCAUUGGCACAACAAAGAAGGUUGCCGUACCCGGCGAACCAUCAGAAGACGGCACCGCCAGCAUCGAGUGGGACGACCAGAUUGUCAUCACCGGUAGCUUUGACCACAAGGUUGUCGACGGCGCUGUCGGUGGCGAGUUUAUGCGCGAGCUCAAAAAGGCAAUUGAGAACCCUCUGGAGCUUAUGCUAUAG